GAAAUAAAUACACGGCGCAAAAAGGUGUUGUGAGCUGGUUGGAGAGUUAGAUAAGCUUUGUGCUGCUUCGCUGUCAGCUGCUGUAUUUUACGUGUUCUGACCACACUUAGCUGUCUCUUGUUUUCUGCACUGUCCUCUCUAUUUCCUUCUCUCCAUUCCAAUUUCUUUAUUUCUUUCUCCAUACCCAUUCCCCCCUUCAUCACAGAUUACCUUCAUACCACUACUCAUCCUUCAUACAAAGCAGAGAAAGUUUCAGAGAACAGAGGAAGUUUCAGAGACCCAAAAAAGGAAGAAGAUGGAAGAUCAGAGCAAGGAGAAAACAGGGUCAUAUGCAGCAGUUCCCAAGUUUGGUGGGUGGGAGAGUGCAACGAUGCCCACAGAUUAUUCCAUGGUGUUUGCCACCGCCAGAGAGCAGAAAAAAACAGGGGUCAAGAUUGAAAUCCCCACUGACAACAAGGGUAAUAAAGUCAGUGAUGAUGAGGUUAAGGGGCACCUUAUUUCUCGAUCUCAUGACACACAUACUCAUAAGAGGACUUGGGUGGAUAGAUACUUCACCUGCUGCAUAAAUGCUGCUUGAGGACAUAUUUCUUGAUCAUUCAAGUAUUCAUUGUUGGAAAUCAAGGGAGAAAGUCAGCCUGGUUUUUUUAUGACUGUGUAAAAUUCCAAGCCUGUGGCAUGAAGGCUAUUCACCGUGUGAAAUUUCGUUGUUGGGUUGUGAUGAAUGAAUUCAACUUAUUUGUAACAGUUUGGAGUACUUAAAGUUAAUACAAUAUGCUGUGUUUAAAUACAAAA